AUGACCGUCCUCGUGAUGUGCCAGAACGCUGGGUGGCGUCAGCAUGCGGAAUCACCCAGUAGACAGACGUUUGUCGCGGACGCGUCAUUCUCCGAAUGGUGCAUUGGCAUUUACACGUGCUCGACUGUCUUUGUGCCAUCCCUUUGUGGUCUCCGGAUGAUAGUGUCCGGCCCUCGUGAUACUGACUGUGCCUUCGACUCUCUGGAUUUCACAUCCACCAUACUUUUCGACAGACAGACACCGGAGAGCAGAGAUCAAAGUAAUUGGACGCACCGUCUUGGACCACUGCACCAUGUGAUCAGGGAGUUGGUGGACACGGAAGCCAGCUAUUUGCAGAACCUAUACGAACUGGAAAGCUGCUAUUUCGAACCUCUACAAGAAGAUCCCAGUUUGGACCCUGAAAGCUUGAGUCUCAUAUUUGGGCGGAUUCCAGCGCUACGUCGAUUUCACGAGUCUAUCCAUCUCCUAGAAGGGGCCAAGAAGAGUCGCUCCGAAUUAUGGUGCAAGCUGGCCCAGUGCCAGCGCACUGUUGGACAUCAACUGUCGGUGGAUACUUAUUUGCUGAAACCAGUGCAACGCAUCCUCAAAUACCAAUUAAUGUUACAGGUAACUGUUUAG